UACUCUAAGCAUCCGGAUAUACAAUUCUUCCGUCAAAUUAAGAAUAAGCAUCAUUUUGCUUACCAUCGGGCUAAAAGACAAACACAAUCUCUUGAUAAGAUUAAGCUGAGAAUGACGGUAUUUGAUCCGUAUAAUCGUGAUUAUCUUCUUGAAAGAUUGAGCACGUUUACUGCCUUAAAUUGGAAUAUUCCUUAUACUUCCCUGACUGAAGUGGUUGAUCACAAGAGUCCGAACGACUUAAAUGAGUUGAAAUGUGCUCAGAAUGGGUGGAAAUGCAUUUCAAUAUCAAUUAAUAACAAUACGAAGAAUCAUCUCAUAUGUACAUCAUGCAAUCAGCAGAUUAUGCUUAAAUUCAAUAACUUGGGUCAAAUUCUGGGAAGUCCAUUUGAAUUUGACUUGGAGGACUAUAAUGAGUUAAAUAAUGCUUUGAAGUAUCAAUAUUUAGAUCAGAUUGUUAAAUCCGGUCAUGACUCAAAUUGUGCAUGGAUAAAUUUCGAAACUCCAAUCGAAGGAGUAUAUUAUUUAAGGCCGCAUCUCAAAUCAACCGAUGAGAUCUUGAUUAAUGACUAUUGUAAAAACUUGAUGAACUUGAUCGAUAAUAAUCAAGUUUUAUUAGAUAAUGCACUCUUCCUUUCGAAAUUAAGUGAUAACAAUAACAACGACGUCAAUUCACCUCUCUUUGAUAAAUUCACGAAAAUUACAAAUUUAUGGAUCUUGAACCGUUACUUUGGUGAUGUCAAAGAAAACUUCUCGGAAAUCUUGAAUUUAACUCCAAAAUGGCUUUAUCUUCUAGCAAUGUUUGGUUGGGACCUCAAUAUCCAAAGUUUCGAUAAAAAACUAGUCUUAUUAUUAAUCUGUUCAAAAUGCAAUCAAAGAGUGUUUUUGGAUUCAACUAAUCAUUCCCCAAUAGAUAAGCACGAUUUUUACGGUGUUUCUCCAAGUACGAAUAUCUAUUUAAGCUCUUCCAAAAUUUUAACUCCAUGCAAGUUUCCCCCAGAAAUACCUCUUACGGAUUCUGAUGAAUCUAUUGAAAAUGAUGACUUUGACCUCAUAAAAGACCAUAAAAGUUGGUGUUGUAACAUUCAAAGUUACGGUACUGAAAGCUUUAGAGAUUAUUUCAUAAAUAUGAUAGUAUCAAGCGAACGCAACAUUGGUAAUAAUGGUGAAUUUGACUAUGAUGCUGACAUGAGUAUUGAGAUUGAUGAAACGUCAGCGAUUUCAAAUCGAAAACGAAGCUUCGAUGUUAAUGAAGGUCUCGAUAGAUUAAACAAACUAAGAAAGUUAUAUCUCAUAGAUGAG